AUGAGAAUCAAAGCAAACAUGAUGGAGAAACUGAAGAAUUCCCAGUCACCUGUUAAGCCUGAGCAGCCAAUCCUUCCACCAGCAGUUACCCCAACCCCUCUUCCUUCCCCAGAUGGUGGGCAAAGUGAUGUAGAGGCCACUGAACCACUCACCAUCCCCACCUCUUUCUCACCUCAAACAAAGGGGAGCCCUCCUGCUGAGGCUCCCCAUGCAGUACUGCCCCCCAAUGUCCCUGUCAUCAGCCUGGGCUACAGCAAGUCCCCCACUCCUAUUGAGGUCCCCACAACCCAACUCACUGCCCUACACCCCAUUCCUAACUUCUUGCAGUUCUCAGGUCUGCCACCUGGACCCCCUCCACCAUCCCUGCCUCUGGCUGGAGUAAGGAGUCCACUUUUAGCCCCACAAUACCAGCCUCAUCCUUUUCUCAACAACAUCUACCUAGGCAACUCGGGGACUUUUGGCCUCUUUCCCAAUAACCGCCUCAAGCGGAGACCAAGCCAUUAUGAGCAAGACAUUACUGAAGGUCUUCAACCCCAGAAAGUGGCACGCCGGGUCUUCACUAAUAGCCGGGAACGGUGGCGUCAACAGAAUGUGAAUGGUGCCUUUGCUGAGCUUCGGAAACUCAUUCCCACCCAUCCACCUGACAAGAAGUUGAGUAAGAAUGAGAUUCUUCGCUUGGCCAUGAAAUAUAUCAAUUUCCUGGUCAAGCUACUGAGUGACCAGGCCAGACUGGCUGGAGGGGAGACUGCUGAAACAGACAGCCCCUGCAAUGGCACUCCCAGGACUCCAUCACCAUCAGCAUCCAUAAAACUGGAACAGUUGACCGUCGAGUCAAUGACUGUGUUGGAAGCAGGAGAACCACGGUGAUGUCUAGCAGUAAAAGAUCACCAUCAUCACCCAUCUCGUGCAUCUACAAUGCUGCACACAUGGAUGAAGCUACCUAGUAUCAGUGGAAACUCCUUGACCUGCACAUCCCUUCCUUGAGUCCAUUACCCAUGGAGUGGGCUGCCAUAAUAGGGUUAUAUUGACUUUGGAAGACUUCAUUUGAAUUCAGGAGUCCAAAAACAGAUGGAGAAGGUGCUGGAGUCUCUUUGACUGAGACAUCCAUUGAUGCCCAAUGGAAACCUCAAAAUGUGGGGGCUCUGGGAGAGAUGAGAUAUGAGAUUUUAUGUACAAUUCCCUGGUUUGGGCUGUUUUAGGGCAGCGGGGAUUGCUUGAGCAAGCUAACUCUAUAUGAUGUUUGGUUUGCAUAAGACACCCUCUAGGUCUUGUUGGUUGUAAGAGGAAGAUCUUGAUGUCAGGUAACACCUUGGCUGGGAAGAGUGAUCUGGAGUUUCAUUUUCACUGUUUGCUAAUCAAUGCUUCUGACUUUUAGCCUUAACGACAAAUCUAAGCUUUAUUGUUGUUGGGGCCCCACAUAAAUAUCUGAGCCUAUACAAAAGAGCAAACAGAUAUAAAAAGAAGUGGCAAGGUUAAGAAGCUGAGCUCCCAGGCUCAGCCUCCUUUCCACCUUCCCAUCAAAAUGGGGCUUGGCUAUAUCGGUGACAUCUUUCCAGAUGGGAAAAGAGCUGCUGAAGAAUUUUGAGCAUUCUUGUCAAUGGCUUGGAAAGCAAGGGCUACAUCGCCUUAUACAGACUGUUCAGUGCAUUUGCUGUGGUCUGCCUAAUUCAGUAGCUCAGUCAGGGAUACAGGUGGUGCUUUGUGUGAGGAAAUGGAGGCACCCGGGAUCAUUCAGUCAGGGAGGGCAAGGCUAGAGCUCUUCUUUUUGAUAGCUCGUUUUCCUGAAUGCACAAUAUUUUUCUUGGCA